GCCGCGGAGAGGGUGGGAUUUCCACUGCUGUUUGUGUUGCUUUCCCAAGGAAUGUGAGGGACACACCAAGCCCGAAUGAUUCUCAGGGUUGUCCACUAACUUUAGGACCUAGCUCAGCCAUGGAACUGUAGUUAUUUCGCGCUUUUCCCCCACUAACUGUAACUCUUCGGAUCCCAAACUGGCGACCUCACAUCUCCAGCUGGCACGCGCAAAUGAUCUCAUAGACCAGAUCAAGCUCAAAGUGUUUCCUGCGUGGCGGGGGACUGGAGAGGGUCAUGGUUGGGGCUGGGCUCAGUGUGUGAGGUGGGAGGCUGGGGAAGGGGGCCCGUCCCGGGGUCUGGAGUGUCCGCUGUGGUGCGUCCUGUGUCGAGGAGGCAAGGAGAGACUCAAGCAGGCCUGUCAGAGAGGGAGGGGAGCGCUGCGGCUGCCCGCAGACAUGCUGAGCCUCAGACUUCCGCAGCUCUUUGACAUCCACCAGGUGCCAAAGGUGUUUCGAGAGGACGGCAUCAUGUCCGGGUACCGUCAUCCCAGGAGCUCAGCCCUUGACUGCAUUCUCAGCAGUUUUCAAAUGACCAACGAGACAGUCAAUAUCUGGACCCACUUCCUGCCAACCUGGUACUUCCUGUGGCGGUUCAGCGUGCUGUGCGCCUCUCUGGACUUCCUGACUGACAGCUACACCUGGCCGCUGCUUGUCUACAUGCUUCUGAUCUGCCUGUACCCCUUCACCUCCAGCUGCGCUCACACCUUCAGCAGCAUGUCAGCCGAGGCUCGUCACAUCUGCUACUUCUUCGACUACGGCGCGCUCAGCCUCUACAGUCUCGGCUGCGCCAUCACAUACGGCUCUUACGCGAUACCCGACUGCUGGGUAAACAGUUGGCUUCAUCAGCAUUUCGUGACCAUUGGCGUCGCCAACUCGCUCUUCUGUACCAGUAUGUCCUGCUACUCCAGGUUCGUAGAGUUGCAGUUCCCACAUAAAAGUAAAAUCUUGCGAACGGCCGCGUUUAUCGUCCCCUUCCUCUUUGAUAGCUUCCCACUGUUCUACCGCCUGCUGUUGUGCUGUUGGGGGAGCUGUAGUCCCAGUGAAGCUCUGGCCAGCCACUCUUACCAUCUGCUCUUUGCGUUCCUCACAUGCUUCCUGUUUGCGUCUCACCUCCCCGAGAGACUGGCUCCUGGACGCUUCGACUACAUCGGUCACAGUCACCAGCUCUUUCACGUUUGUGCAGUGGUGGGCACCCAUUUCCAGAUGGAGGCAGUGUUGACAGACAUGGCGUCUCGCAAAGAUUGGCUGACGUCGCACUCCUCCUUACCUUCGUUUCCAGCCACUGUGGGGGUUCUCGUGCUGGGCGUCCUGCUCAACCUGGGCAUCAUUGGCAUCUUUAGCGCCGGUUUACCGCGAACCCCUCGCCAAAGCACUUCGGCCCACCUUCAUUAGGAGUAACAAGCUUUCUUGACCACUCCACACCUCACUGUGCACCUUUCUGGACGAUCGUGCACUUAUACAGUCACUUUCACUGAUAUAUAAGCCUUGAUACUUUUGUACUGAGAAGCUAAACAUUUAUACAAUUCAAGAUCGUUCAUUUUAUACUCACGGUUUAUUAUCUAAAAAAAAAAUCCUAAAGAUAAUCGCGACCUUUCAGGUGUUAUUUGAUUUGAUUUUUUAGUCAUCGAUAUGAAAGGUUGAUGGUUAAAUGAUUUAGAUUUUUACAGGUUAUAUUCUAACAUAGAUUUGGGGGGGGUUUAUAAACAUAAUAUGAUGUUUGUGUAACACUAACUGGGAAAUGAUAACAUAGCAUUAAUCAGGGAUUUUAUAUUUGCAUUAAUAUUAUCAUGAGUAACAUCAUUAAUAUGGUUAAUCCAAUAUUAUGAUGUUGCAUAUCAAAAUACACAAAAAUGAUGGUGGGUAUCAUAUCUAAAAU